AUGUGCAAAGAAUUUGACAAUGCAUUUAAGAUUACCUCAACCCUUACCCAUCAUCACAGAUUUCACACUGGGCAUGGGCCUAGUAAAUAUAGAGAAUGUGGUAAAGCUUUUAGCCAGUCUUCAGAUUUCAAUGAAUAUCAGCAAAUGUAUACAGGAAAGAAUAUUUUCCAAUGUAGCGAAGGUGACAGUGCCUUUAUAGGGUCCUGUAUACUUGUACACAAUCACAGAAUUCAUACUGGGGAAAAGCAUUAUGAGCAUAGAGAAUGUGGAAAAGUUUUUAGGUGGUCCUCAACCUUUACUUGUCAUCAGGGAGUUCAUACUGCAGGGAAACCGUAUAAAUAUAUACAAUAUGACAAAGCAUUUACACAGUUUUCAAACCUUACUUGCCACCAAAAUGUUCGCAGUGGAAAGAACUCUUAUAAAUGUACACAUUGUUGGAAAGUAUUUCGAUUCCCCUCAACCCUUACUCAACAUCAGAAAAUUCAUACUGGAGGGAAGCCUUAUGAAUGUACACAGUGUGGCAGAACCUUUAGCCAGACUAGAUACCUGACUGAAUAUCAGAGAAUUCAUACUGGAGAGAAGCCUUAUGAAUGUACACAGUGUGGGAAAGACUUUAGGCAGCAGAUAACAUUGAUUCAACAUCAGAAAAUUCACACUGGAGAGAAGCCAUAUAAAUGUACACCAUGUGGGAAAUCCUUUAGGCACCUGGCAACACUUAUUAAUCAUCAGAGAAUGCAUACUGGCGAGAAGCCUUAUGAAUGUACACAAUGUGGGGAAACCUUUAGUCAGACUAAAUACCUGACUCAACAUCAGAACAUUCAUUCUGUAAAGAAACCUUAUGAAUGUAAACAAUCUGGGAAAGCCUUUAGACACCCGGGAACCCUUACUCACCUUCAGAGAAUUCAUACUGGAGAGAAGCCCUAUGAAUGUACACAAUGUGGGAAAGCAUUCAGACACCAGGGAACACUUCCUCACCAUCAGAGAAUUCAUGCUGGAGAGAAGCCUUAUGAAUGUACACAAUGUGGUACAACCUUUAGCCAGACUGCACACCUGACUCGGCAUCAGAAAAUUCAUACUGCAGAGAAGCCUUAUGAAUGUACACAAUUUGGGAAAUCCUUUAGGCACCUGACAACACUUACUAGCCAUCAGAAAAUUCAUAUUGGAGAGAAGCCUUAUGAAUGCACACAGUGUGGCAAAGCUUUUACAUGCUCCUCAACCUUUAUUCUUCAUCAGAGAGGUCAUUCUCAUGAAAAGGUUUAUGUAUGUAAAAUAUGUGGUAAAGCCUUUCACCAGUGCUGUAACCUUUCUCUGCAUCAGAAAGUUCAUAUAGGAGAGAAGCCUUGUAAGUGCUGA